AUGUCGACUACGGAGGCGAAUGCCAACGCACCUGCAGAAGCCGACAGCCCGCCGAUUGUUCUCGAGCUGAAAAGGCUAGAUGACGAGAUGCUGGCAGUUCAGAAGGAGUACGAGAAGGAAGUGCAAAAGCUAAAGCGGCAGUUCCAGGCACAGCAGGCCCCGUUCAUCGAAGCCCGGGACAAGGUGCUUUCCGAGAAGGAGGGAAGCGUGGACCCAGUCACUGGAACGCCAGCACUGAAAGGAUUCUGGGUCCAGGCCCUGCUGAAUCAUCCCGCGUUCGAGGAUGAGGUCGAGUCUUACGACAUACCUGUGCUUGAGUUCCUCAGGACAAUUGAAGCAGAGGAUCUGGACAAGGAGGAUGCAGAAAAGGGUUUCCGGCUCAUUUUCCAUUUCGCCGAGAAUCCGUACUUCACAGACAGUACACUAUCGCAAGAGUACCACAUGCACGAGCCAAAUCGCUACAAUGGAGAGGUCAAGGUCAAACAGCUGAAAGGCUCUAGCCCCAAGUGGAAGGCAGGCCAAGACGUCACAAUGGGCAAGCCUGCAAAAGGAGGCAAAAAGAAGAAAUCCCACAAAGAGAAGCUGCUGGAACCUCGAAAAUCCUUCUUCCGCGAUUUCUUUCGGAGUCUGCAGGAGGAAGACGAGCUGCCUGAGGACGUUGACACCCAGCAGCUUUGCAUGCAGAUGGGCGACGAUGAGAUGGAGCAGGAGGAGAUGGUAGAGGCUUUACUCGAAAAUGCAUAUGACUGUGGCAUGGCGCUUCGCACUCAGAUCAUUCCUUUUGCCGUUCGCUGGUAUACCGGCGAAGCCGCACCAGAUGACGAGUACGAUGAUGAGGAAGAGGAGGAAGAGGAGGAAGACGAGGACGUGGAGCUAGAGGAGGAGGAAGCAGGCCGAAAAGGACCGAAGAAGAAGGCAGACCCUCAGGAAUGCAAGCAGCAGUGA